AUGGUGUGGAAGAUUAGCGAGAAAGUCAAUCACGAAAUUGACAUAACUAAUGAAGAUCAGGACGAGCCGCAUAAUAGUUGUACAGCAGGUUAUGAAAAAGAGAGAACUGAAACUGAUGAUACUGCCGAAGAACAACUCAUUGAAAAUAAACUUAAAAGGAAAAGAGAAACGUCCGGGUUUUCUAAAUCUGAUAAAGAUAAGCCUGAAGUUUCAAGUUUAUUCAGUCCUUCAACAAAGACAAAUAGACCAAAUGAUAAACUAUUAAAAUUAUCACGAAACAAGGAGCAGGAGAGGCAACAACUCGGAAAAUACGUUGACAAAUUAAUGGAGUCCUGUGAAGAAAACGAAAUUGAUCUUCUUUUCAAAAGCCUAGCUGCUACGGUUAAAAAACUUCAGCCUGAUGAUGUAAUCGGGGCUAAGAUGAACAUUUUUAAUGAGGUAACAGAAAUGAACUAA